AUGGCUGAAGUGGUGAGUAACGUCACGCACACCCCACCCGCACACCAACCACUUGCCUCACCCAAAGGAAACAAAGUGAAACCGCAUGCACCUCGCCCCACUGGGCACAACAAGGAGGACAAGAUUCCUUCUACCCUUUCUAAAUCUGACAUCCAAACUGACUCAUCUUCAUCUCCCCAGGAACAACCUCCACACGAACGUAGACCUCGCAAAUCCGUGGCAUUCAGUGGAGACGACACAAUCAUGGAUGAAAACGGUGCCAUCAGUGAGGCACCUCCUCUAGAGCACAAGACCACCGCCGAGAAACACUCUACGCCGCCCGAUGGAGACAAAGCCGUGGAGGAAGUCACCGACAUGUUUGCCGGGCUAAACAAGAAAAAGAAGAAGUCCUCAAAACCCAAGGCCGAUGACGCUGAUGGCGAUGCCCCUGCCGUCAACGCCGACGGCGAUUUCGACGGAUUGGCACUGAAGAAAAAAAAGAAGAAGUCAACCAAACCCAAAGCCGACGGUGCCGAUUUCGCCGCCAAACUUGCCUCUGCAGGUCUCGAGACUGGCGAAGGUGAAGACGGAGCCGACGAUCAAGCCGCACAACAAGGGCAAGAAGGAGAUAUGACAUCCGGUACAGGCAUCUGGGCACACAACGACGGACGACCGAUCGGCUAUGAACUCCUCCUAAAGCGCUUCUUCCAACUCGUCAACGAACACAACCCUGACAUCCUAUCCAGCGGCUCCAAAUCCUACAAGAUCCCGCCUCCCCAAUGUCUACGUGAAGGCAACAAAAAGACCAUCUUCGCAAACAUCGCCGAGAUCUGCAAACGCAUGAACCGCUCCGACGAACACGUCACACAGUUCCUGUUCGCCGAAUUGGGUACAUCGGGCUCUGUUGACGGCUCGAAACGCCUCGUCAUCAAAGGUCGUUUCCAACAAAAACAGAUUGAAAACGUGCUCAGACGAUAUAUCGUCGAGUACGUCACCUGCAAGACUUGCCGUAGUGGGAACACCGAGUUGAGCAAGGGCGAAAAUCGUCUGUACUUCGUCACUUGCAAUUCCUGCGGCUCUAGACGAUCCGUCACGGCUAUCAAGUCCGGUUUCACCGCACAAGUCGGAAAGAGAAAGAGACUUCUCGGUUAG